UUGCCCCGAAGCUUUUGGAAGCAGGUGAAGUAUCCAGAAGUGUAUCGCACAUACCCACAAGAUGUUCCAAUGAAGCAAAUUGUCAAGGACAUCAAAGCAGGUCUUCCUGUCUCCCAUAUGCCUCAGUACAAUUUUCCCAUCCACAUUCUGCGUACCAGCAAGUCAGUCUGUGCAAACCACACGAAACACGACCUCGUCGUCGUGGUGAAGAGUGGCAACCUCGGGUGGGACGCCAGAGCGUCAUUUCGCGCCUUCAUGAAACGCCAGAGAGCCAGUUAUCCGAGGCUCAAGGUGGGAGUGGUCUUCAGUCUGGGAAUGCCACGCAAACACGGUGGCAGAAUAUUCGAUCGUGAUGGCAAUACCGUUAGACUGGAGGGAUUCCCUGGUGACAGGAUGGAGGAAUAUGACGGUAAAGCCAAGCUAGUUAUGGAGCGCAUUACUCAGGAAAUUGAUCAAUUCGAUGACAUACUGCUAGGCGACUACGAAGACACGUAUUUCAAUUUGACGUGGAAGACUGUCACGAACCUGCGAUGGCUGUCAGCAUUCUGCAACAAACACCAGGCUGACGCCUUCUUGAUAAUCGACGACGAUCAUCGCAUGAAUCUGUCGUUGGUAACAGAUUUCCUCAGUAGUACUUCUACUGCGGCAUUGAGGAAGUCCAUUUUCGGAUAUAUCGCCGUAAAUGAUGUCCCAGCUAGGGAGCCCUCAAUUAAGUGGUUCCAGUCAUACCGCGAAUGUCCGUGGGACUCAAUGACCCCGUAUCCACGUGGCUUUUCCCAAUUCAUUGGAGCUGACAUCGUCGACGACAUGGCCAUUGCGGCUGCAUACACGAGGUACAAUUAUGCUCCGGAGGAUGUGUUUCUCGGAAUGCUGGCAUUUAAACUGGGCAUAGAUCUGCGCAACGAAGAGUCAAUGUAUAACCACCAGCUAUUCGACGUCACGCGACUUAAGGACCGCCCUCCCAUGGUCGCGUUGAGCAAAUUUUUUGAAGGAAAUCCCUCCUCCACAUGA